ACGUCCGGCUCUGCCCGGGUUUUCUGCCACAAGAGUGGCACAGCCUGUGCCUCUAAUUCUUCUGAUAGAGUCGUGACUGCUUUGGAUGCUACACCUGCCCCAAGAUGUAAUAUUGAGCAUUGAGAUUCCAGGGGCAGUACCUUGUUGCCUGAAUGAUUUUCUCAGAAACGUCUUGGAAAGCCUCAAGAAAGGAAACUUCAGAGCAAACAGAAUCAACUAGGGAUCAUGACUAUACAUCCAACACAUGCAUACCAGCACGGGUCCAGCCGAGGCCUCCAAAAUGAUGCCCUGCCAGCCUCAGCUGGUUCUCAAGUGAUGAUGUCCUUGAAGUCUCUGUGGCCCGUGACUCAAGAGUUAAGAAUUGCCAAGAAGAUGCUUUUAGAAGAAAUUAAAGCCAAUCUUUCCUCUGAUGAGGAUGGGUCUUCAGAUGAUGAACCAGAGGAAGGGAAAAAAAGAACUGGAAAACACAGUGAAGAAAACCCAGGAGAUGAGGAAGGAAAAAAUCAAGUCAAUUCUGAAUCAGAUUCAGAUUCUGAAGAAUCUAAGAAGCCGAGAUACAGACAUAGGCUUUUGAGGCACAAACUGACUGUGAGUGAUGGGGAAUCUGGAGAAGAAAACAAGAUGAAGCCUAAAGAGCACAAAGAAGCCAAAGGCAGAAAUAGAAGGAAGGUGAGCAGUGAAGAUUCUGAAGAUUCUGAUUUUCAGGAAUCAGGAGUUAGUGAAGAAGUUAGUGAAUCUGAAGAUGAACAACGGCCGAGAACAAGGUCUGCCAAGAAAGCAGAGAUGGAAGAAAAUCAACGGAGUUAUAAACAGAAAAAGAAAAGGCGACGGAUUAAGGUUCAAGAAGAUUCAUCCAGUGAAAACAAGAGUAAUUCUGAAGAAGAAGAUAAAGACGACGACGAAGAGGAAGAGGAAGAAGAAGAAGAUGAAAAUGACGAUUCCAAGUCUCCUGGAAAAGGCAGAAAGAAAAUUCGAAAGAUUCUUAAAGAUGAUAAACUAAGAACAGAAACACAAAAUGCUCUUAAGGAAGAGGAAGAGAGGCGCAAACGUAUUGCUGAGAGGGAGCGUGAGCGAGAGAAAUUGAGAGAGGUGAUAGAAAUUGAAGAUGCUUCGCCCACCAAGUGUCCAAUAACCACCAAGUUGGUUUUAGAUGAAGAUGAAGAAACCAAAGAACCUUUAGUGCAGGUUCAUAGAAAUAUGGUUAUCAAAUUGAAACCCCAUCAAGUAGAUGGUGUUCAGUUUAUGUGGGAUUGCUGCUGUGAGUCUGUAAAAAAAACAAAGAAAUCUCCAGGUUCGGGAUGCAUUCUCGCCCACUGCAUGGGCCUUGGUAAGACUUUACAGGUGGUAAGUUUUCUUCAUACAGUUCUUUUGUGUGACAAAUUGGAUUUCAGCACAGCUUUAGUGGUUUGUCCUCUUAAUACUGCUUUGAAUUGGAUGAAUGAAUUUGAGAAGUGGCAAGAGGGAUUAAAAGAUGAUGAGAAGCUUGAGGUCUCUGAAUUAGCCACUGUGAAACGUCCUCAGGAGAGAAGCUACAUGCUGCAGAGGUGGCAAGAAGAUGGUGGUGUUAUGAUCAUAGGCUAUGAGAUGUACAGAAAUCUUGCUCAAGGAAGGAAUGUGAAGAGUAGGAAACUUAAAGAAAUAUUUAACAAAGCUUUGGUUGAUCCAGGCCCUGACUUUGUUGUCUGUGAUGAAGGCCAUAUUCUAAAAAAUGAAGCAUCUGCUGUUUCAAAAGCUAUGAAUUCUAUACGAUCAAGGAGGAGGAUUAUUUUGACAGGAACACCACUUCAGAAUAACCUAAUUGAGUAUCAUUGCAUGGUUAACUUUAUCAAGGAAAAUUUGCUUGGAUCCAUUAAGGAGUUCAGGAAUCGAUUUAUAAAUCCAAUCCAAAAUGGUCAGUGUGCAGAUUCUACCAUGGUAGAUGUCAGAGUGAUGAAAAAACGUGCUCACAUUCUCUAUGAAAUGUUAGCUGGAUGUGUUCAGAGGAAAGACUAUACAGCAUUAACAAAGUUCUUGCCUCCAAAACAUGAGUAUGUGUUAGCUGUGAGAAUGACUCCUAUUCAGUGCAAGCUCUAUCAGUACUACCUAGAUCACUUAACAGGUGUGGGUAAUAGCAGUGAAGGUGGAAGAGGAAAGGCAGGUGCAAAGCUUUUCCAAGAUUUCCAGAUGUUAAGUAGAAUCUGGACUCAUCCUUGGUGUUUGCAGCUAGACUACAUUAGCAAAGAAAAUAAGGGAUAUUUUGAUGAAGACAGUAUGGAUGAAUUUAUAGCUUCAGAUUCCGAUGAAACCUCCAUGAGUUUAAGCUCCGAUGAUUAUACAAAAAAGAAGAAAACAAAGGGGAAAAGGGGGAAAAAAGAUAGUAGCUCAAGUGGAAGCGGCAGUGACAAUGAUGUUGAAGUGAUUAAAGUCUGGAAUUCAAGAUCUCGAGGAGGUGGUGAAGGAAAUGUGGAUGAAACAGGAAACAAUCCCUCAGUCUCUUUAAAACUGGAAGAAAGUAAAGCUACUUCCUCUUCUAAUCCAAGCAGCCCAGCUCCAGACUGGUACAAAGAUUUUGUUACAGAUGCUGAUGCUGAGGUUUUAGAGCAUUCUGGAAAAAUGGUACUUCUCUUUGAAAUUCUUCGAAUGGCAGAGGAAAUUGGGGAUAAAGUCCUUGUUUUCAGCCAGUCUCUCAUAUCUCUGGACUUGAUUGAAGAUUUUCUUGAUUUGGCUAGUAGAGAGAAGACAGAAGAUAAAGAUAAACCUCUUAUUUAUAAAGGUGAAGGGAAGUGGCUCCGAAACAUUGACUAUUACCGUUUAGAUGGUUCUACUACUGUACAAUCAAGGAAAAAAUGGGCUGAAGAAUUUAAUGAUGAAACUAAUGUGAGGUAGGAAAUACUUCCUGUA